AUGGAGGAGAAAAAGGAUGAUAUGGGGCUUGAUAGACCAUCUCCUAAUACCCCAUGGUGUCAAUCUGGUCUUACUGAGAAACUGCAGCUGAUUUCUCUGAGUUCUUCAGAAGAAACCUCAAAUUCUAAUGGAUUGAGAACUGAACAAGACCUUGGGAGUUCAGCAUUUCUGAGAGCAUCGCAGACCCUGUGGGACACUGGAAAGCUUGCUGAACCGAUUCCUGAUGGUUUCUAUUUUGUAACUCCUGAAAGAAGAUUCAAGGAGCUUUUUGACACUAUUCCCUCUUUAGAUGAGCUUUAUACUUUGGAGACAGAGGGGCUCAGGCCCAAUGUGAUUAUUGUUGACACACAUAAAGAUAAGAAGCUUUCCAUGUUGAAGCAGCUGGCAGUCACUUUGGUGAAGGGAUUGAAUUCAAGUCCUACUGCCAUGAUCAAGAAAAUAGCUGGAUUGGUUUGUGACUUUCACAAGAAACCAAAAUUUGGUUUGGAUCACGUAGAAGGUGCACUUGAAGAAGUUUCCCAUGCAUUGGAUAAUCAUGGUCUUGAUAGUAGGCUCAUGGUGGGUUUACCUAGAGGAGUAAUGGAACAAGCAGAUUCAUUCAAGCACAUGUCUGUCAUAGUUGUUUUGAAUUCUGUAGAAUUCUUGGUUGAUCUUGUGCAUUUUCCGGGCAAGCUGAUACCAAGGUCUGCAAAGGCAUUUUUUCUCACUCAUCUCUCUACGGGUGAGAGUGACUCUGCAGAAAAUAACUCAUAUGAUUCACCUACUGAACCAAGCAGUCCUCUCUGUAGCAUUUCAGAUCGAGCAGAUGUUGAAGGUUUACCCCACAGUGAACCAAAUGUAACAAAUUCGUUUUGGCGGCGCAGCCGGAAGAAAGGCAUUGCUGAACAAAGGACAGCCAGUUCAAGUCCUGAGCAUCCUUUCUUUCAAGGACAUGGGAGAUCUUUGCUUGGUGGUUGUAGGGUUUCCUUCGGAGAGCACAACAACGAUCUCAAUGCAUCAAGGUCUGCUGGUACAUCUCCAGUAUAUGCCCGUAGGAGAAGACGGCGUUGUAUUAGCAUGAUACCGGAGAUUGGCGAUGAUAUUGUAAGGGCUGUUCGAGCGAUGAAUGAAACUCUGAAGAAAAAUCGUCUUCCCCAGGAACAAGUAAAUUCAACACAUUCUACGAGUGAAAAAGAUGAUAGUUCAGAUAUACAAGAAAGUCUAUCAAGGUUCAAUCCAGAUGACCAUGAUGGAAUCUACCAUGAUAAACCUAUAAAAUAUAGUGUUCAUGGGAAGCAAAUAAGUUCGCAUAAGGCAAUCUCACUUCCAUCAUCUCCUCAACGUUUUGGCAAUCAAGCUUCUCUUAGGGGUGAAGCAAGCGCAACAUUUCCCAGUCCUGAUAUGAUGUCAAUAUUCAAUAAAGUGCUAGAAUCAUCAAAGAUUCUGAAGAAGCCAUUGUUACCUUUUCAAGAAUGGAACAUUGAUUUUUCUGAAAUAACCAUUGGAACCCGUGUUGGAAUCGGAUUCUUUGGGGAAGUUUUCUGUGGCAAUUGGAAUGGAUUAGAAGUUGGAAUCAAAGUGUUUCUGGAACAAGAGCUGACUGUUGAGAAUGUUGAAGACUUUUGCAACGAAAUAUCUAUCUUGAGCCGUAUCCGCCACCCUAAUGUUAUUUUAUUCCUUGGCGCUUGUACAAAGCCUCCUCGCUUGUCCCUGGUUACUGAAUAUAUGGAGAUGGGAUCACUGUAUUAUCUGAUCCAUGCCAGUGGACUGAAAAAGAAACUUAGCUGGCAAAGGAGGCUUAAAAUGCUUUGUGAUAUAUGCAGGGGACUGAUGUGCUUACAUCGAAUGAAAAUAGUACAUCGUGAUUUGAAGAGUGCAAACUGCCUCGUGAAUAAGCAUUGGACAGUGAAGAUAUGUGAUUUUGGGCUGUCACGAGUACUGACAACCACCCCAAUGAUGGAUUCUUCUUCUGCUGGAACUCCGGAAUGGAUGGCACCAGAACUUAUUCGCAAUGAACCCUUCACUGAGAAAUGUGAUAUUUUCAGCCUUGGUGUCAUAAUAUGGGAGCUAUGCACACUCAAAAGGCCAUGGGAAGGUGUACCAUCUGUUCAAGUAGUGUACGCUGUUGCCAAUGAUGGACAAAGGCUCGAAAUUCCUGAAGGUCCACUGAGCAAGAUAAUUGCAGAUUGCUGGGCAGAACCAGAUGAACGUCCUACCUGCCAGGAAGUUCUCGCCCGCCUCCAUGAGUGCGACUGCUCGCUGAGUUAA